GUGGAGGCGAAUGGAUACAUCAUUACAAAAGCCUCAGACUCAGAAAGUGAAACAGGAGGACUAGAAUGCACAGAAGCAGUUAUAAAUAUUGUUUAACCUGAAAAAGUAAAGCAGUAACUUAAAUAAUUAAUUGCCGAGGCCUGCAGGAAGAAGAGUGAGUUUUUAAUUUGAUAUCAUGUUUGAGGAAUUACAGAUUAGAAUGUAAGUUCGCGACAAAUAAUAGCGAUUAUGCAGGACUCUAGGGAACUGAGGAUUGCGUUAUAAGAAAUCUUAAAUUCCUGAUCUGAUUUAAAUCCAGGAAGCUCAUUUCUACGUAGUUUCCCCUCCCCCCGUCCCUACUGCCCUUACGUGUAUUUAGCAUCUGCGUGAAAAAUAAAACUUGCAGAAAUGCGGAGGUUGUUUUGUUGCUGUGAUCUCAUCCUUUGGGCAAUUGGUAAAUUACUUCAGGGCUUCCUGAUUUUGGAUUUUCCAAGGAUGAUCUUCGCUCUCAUUGUGAGUGGGUCCGCCUUAUUGGUGACUCUUCGAUUCCUGUAUAGAUUUUUGUUUCCCAAGGACGAGAAAGACUAUGAAGGAUACAAAGAAAGAUGGUUCGGCAAGGAUCUUAGUUCGCUGCCUAGCGAUGAAGCGAAAAGGUAUCGCGAAGACACAUCUAUUCGUCCAUUUAAGAUUCAAGUCACAAAUGAUGUGUUGAAAGAUCUAAAGAUGAGAUUAGAGCGUACUCGAUUCGAAGAUCCUCUGGAAGAUUCCUUGUUUCUAGAUGGUUUUAAUCCCAACUAUCUCCGUGAAGUAGUAGAAUACUGGAAAAGCAAAUACAAUUGGGAGAAAGAAGAAAAGGAGUUGAACAAAUUUCCCCACUUCAAGACACGCAUCGAAGGACUUGACAUCCAUUUUAUGCACGUGAAACCCACUAUAGAAGAAGGAAAGAAGCUGGACGUCAUUCCUCUUCUUCUUAUCCAUGGUUGGCCUGGAUCUUUUACGGAGUUUUACAAGAUUGUUCCUAUGUUGACGACCCCAAGAGCGGAUUGCAAUUAUGUUUUCGAAGUUGUAUGUCCUUCGAUCCCUGGAUUUGGCUUCUCUGAAUCACCGACCAAGAAAGGUUUCAAUGGAAGAGCAGCUGCCAGGGUGUUCCUGACCUUGAUGGAGCGUUUAGGGCACCCUAAAUUCUAUGUUCAGGGCGGAGACUGGGGAUCAUACAUCGCGUCUCUCAUGGCGAGGUACUAUCCACCCAGGAUACUGGGCUUACACGUCAACUGCUAUUUCUUCUUUCCCGGGACUUGGGACAGUAUAAAGGCGAUACUGAUUUCCAUUUUCCCUUUCCUUGUAAGUGCUCCGGAGUAUAAGACAGUAUUUCCUCUUAGGAAGAAGCUAAAAGUAUUGUAUGAAGAAACUGGAUACUUCCACAUGCACAGUACCAAGCCAAAUACUUUAGGUUGUGCCAUGUCUGACAGUCCAGCUGGUAUGGCAGCCUACCUCUUGGAGAAGUUUCCCGUCUGCGCAAAUCCCGAGUACCUCAAAUUACCGGAUGGUGGUCUGUGUAAGAACUUCACAAUGGACGAGUUGCUGACUAACGUUAUGAUGUACUGGGUAAACAAUAACUUCACAGCUGCUGCCAGAUUCUACAAAGCCAAUUUCAAAGAUAUUCGGUCCAGGAUACACGAAAGAGUACCAGUGACUGUACCUUCCGGAGUUGCUUUUUUCCCCCAUGAACCUCUUAUGCAGCCGAAGACUAUGAUGUCCCAACAAAUGAAGAACAUAAUAUCGUAUACUAUCAUGCCCAAAGGCGGCCAUUUUGCUGCGAUGGAGGAACCAGAACUAUUAGCGGAUGAUCUGUGGAAAUUCGUAUCCCUUGCCAAAAAACAGAAAUCGGGAAUCUAGCUGCGUUUUCAAGAAAAUUUUUCUCUAAAUGCAGAAAAACAAACUUGAUUUCUGCAAAUUAUUGGUGAAAGAAUUGGAAUUCUAUAUUUCUUUGUCAUGCUGGCAUGUGGCAUUGAACUUUAAACAAAGUGGUUCAUUUCUAACAAUUCUUUGAUCGUGUACAGUUUCUUAAGCCGUUUUGUGGAUUUCAUUGAAAUGUUUGGAAAUUUUCGGUGAUAAUCGUUGCCAUUCCCUCUAAUGUAUAUUUAAAUAAAAUUUCAUAUUUUUGAAUCGAA